GUGAUAAAAUUUAUAUCUUUUUGAAAUUUUUAAAAAUAUAGACAGAAUAUUUCAAAAAAAAUUAUUUACAUUAUCGAUUUAUCAUUUUUUUUUCAUAGAUUAUAUUGAUUAUCGACAGAUCUUUCACUUUUAAUCUUGGGAAAAUGGAUUCAAAUAUCCAAACUUCUCAAGAUGAUUCUGAUUUACCUACGUAUCAAACCGGAAAUAGCUUCGUACCUUAUAAUAAUAGCAAUGACCAGCACGCUUCCAUUAACAACUUAGGAGCGUCUAAUACUAAUAAUACAACUCUCGCACUUCAAAACGACACAUUUGAGUUUUACUUUCCUUUAUCAAACGAUACACGCAUCUAUCACGUUACAUAUCAAUAUACCGAAUUACAUCCAUUGGACAAUGCGCGACUUUUGAAUAAUAACAUUAAUUUAUCUCGUAUUCCUGACCAUCAGUUACCACUUCAUUAUAAUAUUCAAUCCUUGAUUCGGCAACAAAUUCAGCAGCAACAAGUCCAGAAACCCGUUUAUCAACAAAAUAACGGCCAACAACAAUUGUUUGAUUCCACUAUUCAACCUAUUUCUCAAAUAUAUUCUGAUAAUAGUAACGGUUAUAAUACAGUUUCUAAUUCAGUAAACGGAACUAUUACUGAUAAUGUUCAGCAGGAUACAGGAUUUCAGAAUUUUUCCUAAGGAUCAAAUUCGGUUAGUAUAUUUUAAGAUGAAUGUUUUCUCCUUCAUUAAGAAUUAAGUUAAGAU